AUGGCGCAAGACUCUUCAAAACAUGUCAUCGUCGUCGGGGAUGCUCCCGUACGUUUGUUCCUAUACCCGUUCGCCGAUUCGACUCGAAAGUCUGAUAUGCACAAUGCAUAUUCGUUCCAGGUCGGCUCUAAUCUUGUGGCCACCCUUUUGGAGGAUGGCUUGGAGGGUGCCGAGCCUCGCAUCUAUAUUCACAAGCCUAGUCUCGUGAACCCUCCACAAGACACGAUCCAUUCUAUUGUCAAUCUCGAACGCAAUGACUUUGGUUCAAGCCCAGAUUCUCGCGGGCAGCACCGUACAAGGUUCAAGCCCCGAUCCAUACAGGAGAUCGUUACGGCGAGACGCUGGUACGCGCCAUUGCAUUUUUCUGCCUUGGCAAUUGAUCCUUCAGCAGUAUCUAUUGUCGUCUUCCAAGAAACCAGAACUGAAGUCGCUGCCACUGAAAUCGAUACUGCCGCUGCCAUUUCAACCUUCCAGGGAUGCCGCCCUUGCUUCCUCGUUUACCACAUGGCAAGGCCCAUGUGUAAUGGCACUAUCUGGGAAACGGUCCGGCGAGGUCCACUGACAGGCCUGACGCCUGGGACCCCAGACCGCGAGCGACUCAUUGUGGUAGUGGACGCCAAUGAUCUGCGCGCCGAGGGGAUCAACCUUUCGCGCGGCCUAUCCUGGGAGAAAACCUGCGAGGACUUCGUCGAGCAGCUUGGCUCUGUAGGGAAGCUGACGUGCCUGGCAACGUGUGCGCAUCUAGUCGUGCUCUUUGGGUGCGCAGGCGUAAUCUACCAUCAGGGCUCGCGUGUUUCAAAGCCGGUUCUCUUCUUUGACCCAUUCUCGUCCGAAGAAGAAUUCCUACAGAGAAAUCUAGGACGAAUACCCGGUCUUUCGGAGACAUUUGUAGCUGGCCUUGUAAGCGGAUUGAUCCAGAGCCCACAGUUGAGUGUCGAGCAUGCAAUUGAAUUUGGCUUGCAGGCUGCGAGAAAGCUUGCAGUGGUUGGGUUAGCUGACCCUGGAAAUGAGGUACCUUCAUUAUCGACGGUCUAUCGAGCCAGGGAGGUGAUGAGAGACACGAAUAAGGAAAAAUUGAUUCGUUUCGCGAUCCCAUCUGACGACAUUGCCUGUGGCAACUGCGGCGAGAACUGGUCUCUGCUCGAUGACAUGAUUGGUGACCCUGCAGAAGUGGCACGUCAGGUUGUACGGCAAGGGCCUCUUUUACUGGCGAGCCAGGUACCGCUGGCUCAAUUCAAUGAGCUCGUCCUCUUCGAUCGGCACGAAAUUGAGUCAUGUCGGUCCAUCUUCAGUUUCCUACGCGAGUAUCUCGCCGCACCAAUGAAUAGGCCGCUCAGCAUUGCGCUCUUCGGCCCCAGAGGGUCCGGCAAGGCCUUUACAGCGAUGCAGCUUGCCGAAGCGGCAGCGAGGGGUAAGAAGGCAUCGACCCUCCGUUUCGACCUGUCGCAGUUCACAAGCGUCGACGACCUAGUCGCGGCCUUCCACUCCAUCCGCGACUGUUCACUCAAAGGCUCUGCGCCCCUUGUCUACCUCAGGGGCUUCGAUACCGACUUCGCCGGCUUGCCGCUGGGUUGGCUACCGCAUCUCAUACAUGUCAUGUUAUCUGGCUCCUUUCCCGACCACGGCGUAAGCAGACCGAUUGGCGCCGCUGUGUUCUUCUUCAGCUCAGCCUCGUCCAAAACAUAUGAAGGCUUUCGCGAUGGAUCCGCAAAAACUUCUAGAUACCCAGAUAAUCGAGUCCAAGAAUUCCUCGCCAGUCUCCACGGCUUCGUCAACAUCCUAGGCCCUGAUAAAGUCACUCGCACCGCCAGCGGGAGCGAAGACAGACUCUACCCCGUCCGCCGCGCCGUCAUCCUCCGAUCACUUCUCGAAAAGCGUGAAGUAAACCUUACCUCAUCCACUCAAAUCAACAUCGACGACAGUGUCCUCAACGGCCUCCUUCUAGUCCCCACAUACAGGCACGGAAUCCUGUCCCUGAAAUCCAUCAUCGCCAUGAGCCAUCUAAAUGGACGUUACCACUUUGACCGUUCCGCUCUGCCCCCUCAAACGCAACUUGACCUACACGUGGACUACAAAAUCUUCACCCAAUACCUCAACGGCAUCCCACUUCCGGACCAUCUACGCGAGAGACUUGCGCAGGAAAUCCACGCCGUCUAUCUGGCCAUCCGUUCAAAAACAGCAACGGAGUCAGAAAAAGCCGAGCUGAAGCCCUGGCACGAGACCGACGAGGAAUUAAAGGAAUCAUCCCGUGCGCAUGCCGAGAUGAUCCCCUCCAAACUCCGCGAAAUCAGGUGCUUCCUUGCCGAGAAGCAGGAACACCGUAAACCCGUGCGGAGCUUUAUGGCAGCGCAGAUCGAGCGCCUCGGUGAGAUAGAGCAUGAAAGGUGGAAUACAGAGCGGCUAAAAAACCAGUGGAAACGCGGAGAUGAGCGUGACAUCGCCAAGCGCAGCAGUCCGUUUUUGGUCCCUUGGUGUGAUCUUGAGCAGAAGUGGCGGGAUAUAGAUCGCGCGAUUGUGGCGAGUUAUCCCAGAAUCUUGCCUGAGGAGUAUGAAAUAUACCCUAUAGGACCUAAGGAGGCAAGAACAGAUUGA